AUGUCCCACGCAUUACUUCUCCGGCUGUUCCUCUCCCCAUACUUCUCCGUGUCGCUUGCCAUGCAAUAUCUCAAGACGUAUCCCGAUAAUAUAGGUAUAUCUCAUUAUCUAUGCUGGAGAAUGAAGAAGAUGCCUCCGGAGGAAGUGGAGUUUUAUUGGCCUCAGAUAUGUCAUUUAUUACUCACGUAUCCUACUCAAUCAAAUGCUCUGGAAUCAUUCAUACUAUCAAGAGCUGAGGAGAGUACGCAUUCUGCUAUGCUGACAUUUUGGUUCAUGCAAGCUGCCUUGAGGGAUCUGACACCAUCUAGAAUUACGAAUCCGCGUCCAUUCAUGAUCUGUCAGAGGAUAUUGCAUAAAUGUCAUGAGAUCAUAUUCGGAGAUCCACCUGAACCUUCCAGAUCACCUUAUCGCUCUCUACCCCAAUCACCUUCCAUUGGCCCCGUCCGAGUAAAUAAUCAUAUACCACCUGCGUUGGUGGGUAUGGGGGUGAUAUUGGCUAGUGCACCUGGUAUGAGUGGGUUAGUGGAACUAGCAGGCGACUGGGCUAUAACACAGGGAAGGAGACCUAGAGAUGAUCCGGAGAGAAACGCAAGUGGAAGAUCGAUGGUAGAAGUUGACCAAUCUGGAGGGGCAGAUUUAUCAUCCCCCAAUAGGUGGAACAAGAGGAAUGCCAAUGGUACAAUGUUGGCGGAUGAUGAGGAUAAUUCGGAAGAGGAUGAAGACACCAAUCAAUCUCAAGCUGCGUCAACAAUCAAAAGAUCUUUAUCACCUUUACCUCAGUCUCAACAUCCUCAGUCUAUGAUCCAAUUGCAGCACCAUUCAGGAUCUGCCACCACACCCAACUUGUCUAGAUCACCUUCUCCCAAUCCAUUACUCGGUAAAGGUAGACCAAGAAAAGGCUCCGACCCUUUCGGACAAUUAACCCCUUCACAAUCUCAACCUCAAUCAAUAUCCGGUUCGAGUAAGAAUUAUAUCCAUAAUCAUACACCACCCAAAUCGACCCAUCAACCGUUCUACUCGGUACCGGAAUUACCAGUGUCAAGAUCAGCAAGUUCCAAUCGAUUAUAUCCCUUAGAUAGACCCCCACCCCCUGAAGCUAUCUUAGCUACGUACAGUAUCGAUGCUCAGAGACAGUUGCUGAGAAGUCAUUAUUGUAGGAGCGAAGUCAGGUUUUUACUAUUACUGGAGGAUAUAAGUAAUAGGUUAUUGGUGAUUCCUAAACCUGCUAGAGUCAGUGCGUUGAGAGCGGAAUUGACUAGUUUGAACCACAAUUUACCUGCGGAGGUGUGUAUGCCAUUAUGGUGCGCGGCAGACCACGGUCAUGAAUCAGGAGGCGAAACUUCCGCUGGACAUCCGCUGAAAUCACGUCCCGGAGGAGAUAGAGUCCGAUCGAAAGCCCACGCCAGGGUAGUGAGGAUAUCACCCGGUGAUUCGGUCGUCCUCAACUCCGCUGAGAGAGCACCUUAUCUCAUCCAUGUAGAAAUCCUAGAAGGUGAUUUGGAUUUUGACCCUAUAAGGAGGGAAAACCGGGAUUUACUCAAGAAGAUCGUUGUCCAAGAGGAUAUGAAGAGGAGAAAAUUGAAUCAUCCGACUUCGAUCGGCGGUGCAGCGACGGGAGGUGUCACACCUGGUACACCAGAUUUAUCAGCCUCUAAUGGUUUAGGAUUUGGAGGUGCCGAUGGACCAGGAUUUGGAUCACCCAUGCCAUCCUCUUUACCACGCAUCGACACAUCUGAGCAAGAACCAGAAUCAUCUAGGAAGGACAUCACACCUGAUGAGAUUGAGGAAAUGGACCUGGUCGAACAAUUAUAUGGAGCCAAAUUAUCCGUUCAUGAUACGAUACCGGACCUUUCUGAUAGUGUACCAUUACCUACUGCACCGAAGAACAAACAGUUGGAUAUGGUAGCUUGGGAAAAAGGAUCUUCAAUCUCUGAAUUCCCUUCAAGAAGAUCAUCAUUAGGUGGGAAUGGGAUAUUGGGUUCACCAAGCUUACCUAAAACACCUGAUCUAUUAUCAAACGUCAAUCAAUAUCUUAUUACUUCGCCUAUAGGUGAAGAUCCAACCCAUUUGGAUGUACCUUCCAACUCUCAAUCAACAUUACGCUCAGCACCUUCUUCGCCGAGUUUGGCUAAUCAGGAAAUUGGAUUACAUACACCUACAAAACGGGCCAUUACGUUAGAAGAUUAUUCAGAGAGAAUGCGAACUGCCGCUGUCAUGUUAGCUCAACUUAAUGCAUCUCUCGUAUCACCCACGCAAGAAGCCGGAGGGGGAGUACAGGGUAAUCAGAGUGGCUCAUCAUCUUGGAUACCUGGAACAGGAUGGAUAACUGGUAAAUCACCGGGUGGAGAAGGACAAUCAUCUUUACCUCCACCACCGAAAGUAGAAGCGGCAGGAGGUAAAUUGAAAUUGGCUGCUGCUCAAGCUGCUGCGAUAAGAGAGAGGAUCAUGGAAGAGAUGAUGGCAUUGGAGGAAGAACGAGUAGCGAGAAUGACAGAUAGACCUGAAGGUGUGGAAAUCACCACUUCCUCGACUCCAGUUGAUGGGAAGAGUGAUGGUGCUGGUGCUGGUGCUGAGGGCGGACAUCAGACGGCGGAGGAUGAAGGGAUCGUAAGGAGGGAAUUGAAUAAAGCAGAUCCUUCAGCCGCGGUAUUCAAAGAGUCUUGGACAGCUAAGAAGUCUAGGAUAAGAGCUAGUUCACCUUGGGGUCAUUUGGCUAAUUGGGAUGUCAUAUCGGUGAUUGUGAAGACAGGAGCGGAUCUUAGACAAGAACAACUGGCCACUCAGCUGAUAGAGAGGUUCAGUAGGAUAUGGAAAGAGGAGAAGUGUGAAUGCUGGGUCAGGUUCUUCCGGAUAUUGAUAACUGGGGAGACAUCCGGUUUGGUCGAGACUAUCACAGAUGCUGUCUCCGUUCAUUCUAUCAAAAAGGGAGAGUACGCUAAGAGAUUGGCAGAAGGUGGUCCGAUAGGACACGUAUCGUUGAAAGACCAUUAUGUCAAUACAUAUGGUAAACCCGAUUCAGGUCGAUAUCUCCGCGCUCAGCGGAACUUUAUACGUUCCCUCGCAGGCUAUUCCAUCGUCACCUACUUACUCCAAAUCAAAGAUCGACAUAAUGGAAACAUCCUGGUAGAUCACGAUGGGCAUUUGAUACAUAUCGAUUUUGGGUUCAUGUUAUCGAAUUCUCCAGGUAAUAUGGGUUUCGAAGCUGCUCCGUUCAAGAUGCCACUGGAAUACGUCGAUAUAAUGGGUGGAUUAGAUAGUCCAGGUUAUAUGUAUUUCAAGAAACUCUUCAAAGAGGGUUUCGAAGCGGCUAGGAAACAUUCGGACAGCUUGAUCACAAUUGUCGAACUCAUGCAGAAGAAUUCGAAAUUAGAUUGUUUCACGUUGUUCGGCGAACAAACCUCUACCCAUUUCAGAGAAAGGUUCCAAUUGGGAUUGACCACCCAAGCGGUGGAUACCUAUCUGGAGAGGUUGAUAGUCAGUUCGACGGGUAGUAAUUAUACGAGGUUGUAUGAUACUUUCCAAUAUUACAGGUGA